CGGCGCGGUGCUGAAACCGAGGCUGUAACGUCAUGCUCGACUCUAAACCUCACCCACCCUCCCAGAGGCGAGCAGCUCUUUCACACGCACAGGCACAGGCGCAGACGGACUCACUGACUGACUGGCUGGAGCUGGAGCGGAUUGCUGUAGUUAACAGACACACUGCACAAUGCGUGAAUACAAGUUAGUAGUCCUCGGAUCAGGAGGUGUCGGCAAGUCUGCGCUGACUGUUCAGUUUGUCCAAGGGAUCUUUGUGGAAAAGUAUGACCCCACAAUAGAAGACUCGUACAGAAAGCAAGUGGAGGUGGAUGGACAGCAGUGUAUGUUGGAAAUUCUGGAUACUGCCGGAACGGAACAAUUCACAGCCAUGAGGGACCUGUACAUGAAGAACGGCCAGGGCUUUGCACUAGUAUACUCCAUAACAGCGCAGUCCACCUUCAACGACCUGCAGGACUUGAGAGAACAGAUUCUGCGGGUCAAAGACACGGAUGAUGUGCCGAUGAUCCUGGUGGGUAAUAAGUGUGAUCUGGAAGACGAGAGGGUGGUCGGGAAGGAACAGGGCCAGAAUCUUGCCCGUCAGUGGAAUAGCUGUGCUUUCCUGGAGUCCUCUGCAAAGUCCAAGAUUAACGUCAAUGAGAUCUUCUAUGACCUGGUCCGGCAAAUCAACAGGAAAACUCCAGUACCUGGAAAGGCCCGCAAAAAGUCCACCUGCCAGCUGCUCUAAUACACAGCUGUUCUUUUGCUCUGAGCCAGGUCUGAUUUACUGCUGUGUCUUUCAGCAGUGCCAGCAUUCCGACGUUACUAAAACCUAACAUCGAAUGGACUUUCCUAUGUGGUGAUGCCCCUUUAACAAACCAACCAACCAACAACCAACCAAUGGAUUCAGACUACAGUACCAUGACAGUUUUUUGCACAUAGAUAACUAUCAUCACUUUCCAAUGUCGCGAGUAAGAGAUUUUUACAUAUAAAUAUAUAAAUAUAUAUUCUAACUGUAUGCAACUGAAUAAAACAAUUAAGUGAAUACAGAGCUAGACAAAAAUAAUUGUAAAAAAAAAUACAGAGCCUACACGCAGUGUUAUUGCUAACGGAGACAGCCACCGUUGUAAAUGUGAGGAGGGAAUGUCUAACCAGGCUGUGCACGUUGCCAUGGCAAUUACAAUGAUAUUUAUAAGCACCACUAUUUUAGCCGGAGAGGAAGUCCAAAGAGCUCCUAUAUAAACCAUUCUUACAGCUAACUUUCACUCUUUUUUUUUCUUUCUUUUUUUUUGUUGAUUAAUAUUUUGUAACUUUGUUUCUGCUUUUAUUCUAAAUAUGAUUUCUUCAUUCUCUGCCUUUUUUCUCUUUUAUAAAAUUACUAGAUUUUUGCUCUAUGGAGAUGUUAUAUUCACAACAGCUAUUGAUGAGUUUUACAGUAGGAAAACCUGUGGAUACAGUGAUGUACAUGUAAAAAGUGCAAAAAUAUAAUUUUUUUUUUCUCACCAUCAUUGUCCUUAGCCUCAGAUGUUGCCUUCAAAAUGCGUGUCAAGACCUUUUUGUGUUUCUUUUUUUUUUUUUCUUUUUUUUUCCCAAGGAUUCAUUUCCAUAAUCUUAGGUCCUCAUACACCAUGCCGGGUUUCUUUAGUUUACAAAGAACUUUGUACAGCAGGCUUUUUUUUUUUUUCAAAAAGGGGUAUUAGUAAAGGGGUUUGACUGUUUCGUUUUAGUAUCCGCCUGAAGCUCAUCUUUUGGAUGGUCUCAUAAUAAAUAGUCAAAUCCGUCUUGAUAAAGCUGAUCCUGAUAAAAUUUAGGACAUAAACACAAUAUUUUAAAGAAUUGGGGGUUUUAAUACACAGGAAAAACAAAAUGUACAAAAAACCAAACUUAAACAUUGCCCUUCUCCCCUUGCUUGAGAUGCAUCUGGUGUAAGGAUAUGAAAACCAAAUAUUGGAUCCAUUCAGUAAAGAGUGAGGAAAAGACAUCUGUUAGUGACUGUUUCGACUUUGUAAUAUUUUGCCCUGUUUUCUGUCUUCGUUACUGUUGGAUUAACUGAAUGUGGGGGUGUGGGGUCUUUGGUGUUAAGCGAGAAAAAAUGGGAAGAAUUGAUUUAAAAAAAAUUCAUUUUACAUCAGGUGUAAUCAUAAAGAGUGUUCGUAAGAGACGAAUGCACAGAUGUAGCAUUCGAUACUGGUCUUUGCAAACACCGAAAUGUCUCUUUACAGGAUGCAGCAUGCGGUAUGUACACGUAAUGAAUUGUUUCUGAAUGCUUUGAGGAUUUGCACUGUGUAAAGAGAAGAACACGACUCCUAGGGAGCGUCCGAGCAGCAGCGGACGCAGGGUUAACAUUACGAGUCGUGUGUUGUACUGCAAGCAAAUGCCUUGAUGCUUUUUAGGAAUUGAGGGGUGGAAAAAAAAAAGCCUGAAGAAAAUAAAAACUUCACGUGAGGACCAGGACUGAGACAGAGGCGCAGUGUUUAAAAUGCAACGUCGUCUGCUUCUGAUGGGGCGAGGGUGGGUGGGUGGCCAAGUGUCAACUUAAAAGCCUUAAUUAAAAGUGGUGCAAUUUUGUAUAACCGAGCAUCUGUAGUUUAAUAAAUUGGAUUGCCAUGCAAGGGCUCCCAAGAAGC